UAGCCGACAUUUGUAUUUUCUAAAAGGACGCGAAAUCCGUAGAAGAGAGGACGAAGGAGAUCACAAACCAUCCGAGGAAACCCACAGAGAGAUAAAGAGAAAGCGAGAGAAAAUGGGGGAAAACGUGGAUUAUUAUCUGGAUUUUGUAACUUAGCUUGAAUAGAGUGUGGUUCAGUUAUGGUUUCGUCCUUCUUGAACCGGUAAAGGUUCAAGAAGAUUCGUCUCUUUUCCAGGAUAUAAACUUUUGCCACAUUGCACAGUUGUUAAUAUUGUCCUGAAGUGGAAGCUUUACGCAGUAGCUAUUUUAAGAUGUCUUUCAUGCGUUCUUCGUGACUUUUUGGAAUGCGUUUGUGUUCAUUUAGUUGAAUUAAAUUAAGAGAAAAUAACAUGCCGUUGUGAUGGAACAAUCAAGAGGACAGAAGCAGUUGCAGUACAAUUCCAUGGAACCUGGGCAUGGAAAUCAGGAAUUGCAUUCUGCAUCUCACGCAUAUAUUCUGGAUCCCAUGAGCAGCAUGAGUGUUAGACCUCCUAAUUUACAUGUUUCAGAUGUUAAACCUGUACUUAAUUAUUCAAUACAGACUGGGGAGGAGUUUGCUCUUGAGUUUAUGCGUGAUAGGGUAAAUCCUCGAAAACCUUCUUUUCCAAAUACUGUUGGUGACCCGCAUUAUGCUCCAGGUUAUAUGGAACUUAAAGGCAUCUUAGGCAUCAGUCAUACAGGCUCUGAAAGUGGGUCAGAUAUUUCAAUGCUGAAUAUAGCAGAGAAAGAUCCAAAAGAGUUUGAGAGGAAGAACUCCUCCCUGUAUGAAGACCGAAGCAACUAUGGAUCAGUUCAGUCAGUGCCACGAACUUCUCUAGGUUAUGAAAGUAACCGAGGAGUGGGAUAUACCUCCUCUGAAGCAUCUAAUAGGUUAUCGGCAAGGUUGAAGAUCCUCUGCAGCUUUGGUGGGAGAGUCCUCCCACGGCCAAGUGAUGGAAGGCUCAGGUAUGUUGGAGGUGAAACACGCAUAAUCCGCAUUAGGAAGGAUAUUUCUUGGCAGGAACUAAAGCAGAAAAUAUUAAUGAUUUAUAGUGAAGCUCAUGUCGUGAAAUAUCAGCUUCCUGGUGAGGAUCUUGACGCCUUGGUGUCUGUCUCUUGUGAUGAAGAUAUCCAAAAUAUGAUGGAAGAGUGUAAUGUACUGGAAGAUAGAGAAGGGUCACAGAAACUUAGAAUAUUUCUGUUUUCCGCAGGUGAUUUAGAUGAUGCUCAGUUUGGUUUGGGCUGCAGUGAUGCUGAUUCUGAAAUUCAGUAUGUAGUAGCUGUCAAUGGCAUGGACAUAGGAUCUAAGAGGAAUUUGACCUCUAAUGGUUUAGCAAGCUCCUCGGGAAAUAUUUUGGAUGAGUUGGACAGAAAGAACACUGAGGAGAUAGGUAGAGCUGCAAGAGACUUGGUUGGAGUUACUGCUCCACCGAUUACUAAUACCCUGACCUCAUCAUCGGCUCCUCAAUCCUUUCCACAAACCAUGUUGGGUUCCUCUAGCGCUUUCGACAAUGAUCCACAGUUUUCUGGUCAUACAGUCCAUCAUAGGGAAGUCAAGCAGUUUGCACCACAUUAUAACCAAAAUUCUUCUACAUUCACUCCUCUUGGAGAAGUUCCUGCUUCUAUGCCACUUCAGGGACAUACUAAUCAAUGGGAAGGCUUGACAGGACAGUCAUAUGGGGGCUUACAGUUGCAGAACCCACAGAUGCUUGUGGAGGAGCUAAAACCAAAACCUGAUGUAACAAUUAACCAAGCCACUACCCUUGGAAAACUUCAACCCUCGGAAAAGGAUCACCAAGUUCAACCACAUGAUGGUAACGUAAUAAAUAACUAUACAGUUGAAGAAACGUCAGUUGCUGCUGCUACACCUACACCGAACGAAGAUCUGCUUUCUUCAGCUCCCAAAAAUGAGGGAAAGAACAAUGAAUGUACGAAGACUUCCUCUGUCAAUGCUGUAACCACAUCGGAGAUUCCUCAAUCUGGUGAUGAUGAUCAGCACUCUGUAUCUAGUAGCACAUUUGGUCCUGUUUAUAUGGAUUCAGGGCCCAAUGCUAUGGAUUUGGGUUAUCUUGAUCAACCUGCGCCUCAGAGGAUAUAUUAUUCAGAGAGGUUACCAAGGGAGCAGUUAGAGUUGCUAAAUCGGUUAUCAAAAUCUGAUGAUUCGCUGGGUUCUCAGCUUCUCUUAUCACAUUCACGUUCUGAUAUCAUGCAGCAGGAUCCAUCUAAAGAAUCCGUUGAAAAAUCGCAUGAAAGCAAUAUGGAUCCCUACUCUGAAGAUUUGUCAAGUGCGAAGCCAUUAUAUACAGUUGGACAAAUUAUUGAUGAUGGACUUGCUCGACUUCAAAAUUAUAAAGAGGUUGCUGAUACUAUUUCUCAAAAUUCCAAACUUCGAAAAGAAGUUUUGGACUCCGAGUUGAAGCAGACAGGUUCGGACUUUGUGACUGUUAACGAUUCCUUACACAAGGAUAGAAUGCUCGAAGUUGAAUCUGAGACAAGCAAUCUUGUGGACACUGCAAGUGAGGUUCCUACUGUGAGCAAUGUAGCUUCUGUUAUACACCCAGACAUUUCUCAGGAAAAUGCUUCUGUUGCUGUUUCUGCUUCAGGGCAGGGUGACAUCCUAAUUGAUAUUAAUGAUCGAUUCCCUCGUGACUUCCUUUCUGAUAUAUUUUCUAAAGCCAUGCUUUCCGAGGAUUCAACUGGUAUCAGUCCACCUCUCCAAGAUGGACCUGGCUUGAGUCUGAACAUGGAAAACCAUGAACCCAAACGUUGGUCUUAUUUUCAGAAGUUGGCACAAGAAGAAUUUCGUCAGAAAGAUGUUUCUCUCAUUGACCAAGAUCAUCUUGGUUUUUCCUCUGCACUUAGAGACAUUAAUGAAGGAGAUAAUGGUACUUAUCAUUUUACACAUUUAACCAGAGAUGAAGUUUCAGUGGACCAUGUGGAUUCUCAGCUUAAUUUUGGUGAUGAUGAAAAACAUUUACCUGCAAGGACGGUAGCUGUUUCAGAGUUUGAUCAGUCCCAGGUAAAGGUCACUGAGAGUAUGCAUUUUGAUGUUAUGAUGGAUAACCUGAGAGCUCCAGUAUCAGAGUAUGAGGAUGCGAAGAUAGAAAUGAAGCAUGUUGGUCUUCCUCCUCUAGAUCCAUCAUUGGGAGAUUUUGAUCUAAGUACCUUGCAGGUCAUUAAGAAUGACGAUCUUGAAGAGCUGAGGGAACUUGGUUCGGGUACAUUUGGGACUGUAUAUUAUGGAAAGUGGAGGGGAACAGAUGUUGCCAUUAAGAGAAUAAAAAAAUGCUGCUUCACAGGGCGGUCAUCUGAGCAAGAGAGACUGACUGUAGAGUUCUGGCGGGAGGCUGAUAUUCUUUCAAAGCUUCAUCAUCCAAAUGUGAUGGCAUUUUAUGGUGUAGUGCAAGAUGGACCUGGGGGGACAUUAGCUACUGUGACAGAAUACAUGGGUUGAUGGUUCUCUUAGCAUGUUCUACUU